GUUAAUGGUACACAUUUCAAUGCGGUUCCUAUUCGCUCUAGUCCUAGGCGUGCUCCUGUGCCUGCUCCUGGCUCAGGAGGGCAGUAGUACCACAACUACAACCACAACAACAGACGCGACCACAACCACAACUACCACGGCUUCAUCCGCCACCACCACCACCACCACUGACUCCUCCAGCACCACCACGACCACUGCCUCCUCUUCCUCGGCGGAGGCCAAGAGGCGCAGACGUGCUCGUCGCCGUCGCCUAGCUCGUGAGCGCCGUCGUCGCCAGGAGCGGAGGCAGCGCCAGGAAAAGAGGAGGCGCAGGAUGGAGCAGCUGCUUGCCAGGCAGCGCCGCCUGAUCAAUCAGCUUCAGGGAUAGAUCAGGCCGACACCAAACGUUUCUUGCAAAAUAAAAAUAAAAUUGUAAAAACACUUUUUUACUUUUAGAACUUUGAUCGUACAAUGUCAAGUUUUGGUCCUAAUACAUGUAAAAAGCUUAAAAAUUUUCCAAUUUUUGCAGUUACAUAUAUAAAAUAUAAUAUAUUAUUAAAGAUUAAAAAAUAUUUUAUAUUGUUUCUUGAAACUAAACGGUCUAAUCCAAAAGCAAGAGAGAAAAUACCCGUUCAAACGAACAUAAAAUUAAAGUAAAGCUAAGAAAAUUUCAAAAA